UCAUUUGAGGUCAUGUGACUAACUGCUGUAAUUUUUGGCUGAUAUAUGGAAAAAAUAAGUUUUUUCUUGAUUUGUCAAAUUAUAUCAGAGAAAAUUACUUAUAUAAGCGCCUCGAUCUAAUUUCGAAAUAAUGUACGAUUUACGACCUAUAGUCAAAAUAGACGCCGAUAUCGAACUUCCAAAAUGCAUGUACAGAAUGAAAAACAUCCACACUGAAACAGAAAACGAGCUCGCUGGAAAGAGCCCAACUCAUCCAAAGAAUUUUGGAACAUUUAAGCAGGCUGAGCAGUUUUUAAAGGCUGUUGAAAGUAAAGAAAUGGCAGAAUUGGAAAAAAGGCAAGAAAAACUUCUAAGCCAGCUGGAAGAACUGAAAAAAAUUAUGAAUUCUAUAAGAUCCAGUUUGAAGCUAUCACCCAAAUGUUCGAAUACUCAGAAAAAUGAAAGUACAGCUAAUAUUGGAACAAAAAAAACAAAGUCUUAUGAUGUUCCUGAUAUAGUUAUUAAUGCUAAUCCUCUUUAUCCACCCUAUUUUUUGUUAUUCCUUCAACAACUGUUGAAAAAAGAAGUGCAUUUGAAUAUAAAUUGUUACUUACAUUCAUCUGUAUCUAAAUUACCCAACAAAUGUGAGGCAUUUAUUAGAAAAUUGAAGACACAAGAGAAUGGGGUACCUUCAAUUCUGAUCAGGCUGAUAUGGAAAGAAAUUGGUCCAAUUGCUGAAUUGAACAUGCCUCAUUAUCCAAUUCAAGGAGAAGCAAACAUACUUAGAUACUUAGUCCGGAUACUUGACAACGAAUUAAACCAUGAGAAGAGUCAGAACUUGACAAAAAUCAAUGGAAUUCUAGAUCUCUCUUAUAGAUUGUCAUUCUCAAACUCAAAAACGCAAAGAAAUAGUUUAAUACAAUCUCUAAAUAAAAAUUUGAAAUCUAAGUGGUUAACUGACCAAAAAGACAUUACCAUAGCUGAUGUAGCACUAUAUGACGCAUUGAAAAAAUUUGCAUCCAAUAAUGAAAUCAAUGGUGCUUUAAGUAAAUGGUUUGUUGAAUGUGAGAAGUUCAUAGAAGUAUAAGUAAAUAAAUAAUUGAAAAGA